AGACCAUCGUUCAGUUCCGAGAAGAAGAAAGUAACAAAACACGGAAGUUCUCGUUGUUUUAGUAACAUGUCCGUAUUGUUUUUACUCUUUACGUCUUCAGUAAAAACCUAUAAGAACUAUGAAGCAAUUUAGGUAAAAAAAAAACAAGCAAACAAACAAAAAAAAAUAAAAAAACAAAACGCUUAUUUAAUUAUACGGAGUAAUGUUCAGCAGGUCGUAUCAGCUGCUCUCCCAAAGGGACGCCACUGCCCCGAGGACCCCGGGUUUAUUUGUGGACUCUGACAGCUUUACUAAGCCCAGCUACCAAAAAGGGUUUUCGUUUGACUACAUCCCAAAUGUCUCUGCAAACGAUUUUACUGAUACCUCCCAAGGAUGGCUGUCUUGGAUUUGCAACUUGAUUGUCAUCUGCCUGGUUUACAUCUGCACCUUUAUAACAUUUCCAGUAACAGGAUGGUUUGUACUGAAGACGGUGCCGAACUACGAGAGGAUAGUAGUGUUCCGUCUGGGUCGAAUUUGUCCUCCAAAGGGUCCUGGUAUUGUUCUUGUCCUGCCCCUCAUUGACCAGUGGCAGAGAGUAGACCUGCGGACCCGUGCUUUCAACAUACCUCCUUGCCAGGUGACUACUCGCGAUGGUGGUAUGUUGUCAGUUGGAGCGGACAUCCAGUUCAGGAUCUGGAACCCAGUCAUGUCAGUGGUGUCAGUCCAGGACCUAAAUGCCUCCACCAGGAUGACAGCACAAAAUGCUUUGACCCACAGCCUGGCCAAGAAGACUGUCAGGGAAAUCCAAACUGAGAGAGUGAAACUAGGAGAAUAUCUUGGGAUGGACAUAAAUGAGAUGACUCGUCCUUGGGGGCUUGAAGUGGAUAGAGUAGAACUUACCCUUGGUUCUCUACUAAAAAACCCAGAGGAAGGCCAGGCUGCAUCCCUCAUUGUGCCUCCUUCUGUACCUGGACUGGAAGGCCUCACUGGUCCCAUUCAGCAACUGGCCAUGCAUUUUCUAAGCCAGAGUAGUACUUCGCAUUCUCACCACAACGACAGCGUAACAUUUACAGAUGAGCUCCACAGUGGUCGUGAGUCUGUCAACACCACACUAAGUUGUGUUGAGGAGCUGCUCAGUGAUGUCCAGAUGCUGCUCUCUGAAUCUUUGGUCCACCAGGUUGGAGCAAGUUUCCAAUUUGAAGUCAGCUCAGCAGAUGGACAGCAACGCAAAUACUAUUUGGAUUUGAAGCAAGGCAGCGGUACAGCUGGAUCAGGGUCCUUGAGUCGAGAGCCAGAUGUGACUCUGAGCAUGAGUGACUGCGACCUCCUGGCCAUGUUCCGGGGUGGGCUGCAACCAUUUGCAGCUUACACCAGUGGCAGACUGAAAAUCAAGGGAGACAUCAAGACAGCGAUGAAACUGGAAGAACUCAUAAAGCUACUUAAAAAACAAAAUUCUCAGUGAAACUGUGUUGCUUAUAUUUACUCUGUAAUUUAAACUGUGAGUUUCAAGUUGUGUGUGUGUGUGUUGUGAUUACAGGUUUUAUAAACUCA